AUAAUUAUGAGAUUUACAUGUAUUUUAUGUCUUCCUCUUUUUCAAGUGUAUUCGCAGUUGUAUUCGCAGAUACCUGCCUGUUACCACAAUAUUACCCCUUCUUGUAUUCGCUCUCCCACUUUCGAGCGGUUUUCUGUCAAACAUAUUUCAAUAUCAAAGACUUCAGCGCGAUGCAUGGCAAAGACGGUCUCAGUCAGAUCGUAGUUUUUUUCGUGUCAACGUGUCGUAAAAGAGGCCACAAAUGACCACGUUGAGACAACACGCGAGGCGGCUGUUGCGUCGAUUCGUCAGAAUCGACAAGAAAACCGACAGAGCAUUGGACACGCUAGCUAUCGAGGGACAGGGUUUGUUACGACAUCGCCCGUACUCGGAGAUCCCAGGACCUAAGCCAAUUCCCUUGCUAGGCAACACUUGGCGAUUUCUACCUUACAUAGGAAACUUCGAUAUACAGACGAUAGACAAGCUGUCAAGAAGACUGCACGCCCAGUAUGGCAAUAUCGUAAAGAUAGAAGGCCUUUUAGGUAGGCCCGACAUGGUGUUCGUGUACGAUGCAGAUGAAAUUGAGCGAAUUUUUCGGCGGGAAGAAAAAAUGCCCUAUCGACCUUCCAUGCCGUCGCUCGAUUACUACAAGCAUGUACUGCGAAAGGAUUUCUUUCAGGAUAAUCCGGGUGUCAUUGCCGUCCACGGUGAGAGUUGGUAUAAUUUCCGGAGCAAGGUGCAGCAUGUGAUGCUGCAGCCGCGAAUCGCGAGAAUGUAUAUCAGCGCGAUCGAAGAAGCGAGCAUGGCACUCCUUCACAGAAUAGCAAAGAUACGGGAUCGGAAGUACGAGGUGCCUGCCAACUUUCUCAAUGAGAUGCACAAAUGGUCUUUAGAAUCUAUUGCACGGGUCGCGUUGGAUGUGCGCUUGGGUUGCUUGGACGAUGACGCGAACGCAGAAACGCAGCGGCUCAUAGACGCAUUGAUCACGUUCUUUAAAAAUGUGCCUGUGCUGGAACUAAAGAUACCUUUUUGGAAACUCUUCAAUACACCCACGUGGAAACAAUAUGUAAAUUCUUUGGAUAUCAUUGUGAGUACCAUAUCGAAAUAUACGGCCGCCGCGCUGUCGAGGGCCAAGAGCAACGUGGAUUCGGACAAGGAACUGUCUCUUUUGGAGAGAGUUCUAGCUCGCGAGGGUGACACGAAGGUAGCCUCUAUCCUCGCUCUAGAUUUGUUCCUGGUUGGCGUCGAUACGACCUCGACCGCGGUAGCCUCGGUGCUCUAUCAGUUAGCGCUACAUCCGGAGAAACAGGCUUUGGCGUACGAUGAAAUCCGCAAUGUUCUCCCGCAUCGAGACACGCCUCUCGAGGUGACAAACACCGACAAUUUAAAAUACUUGAAGGCAUGCAUUAAGGAAACUCUAAGAAUGUAUCCAGUUGUCAUAGGCAAUGGGCGAAGUACAACCUCGGAUAUUAUAAUCAGCGGCUAUUGUGUACCGAAAGGAGUGCACGUGGUAUUUCAACACUACGUCAUUAGCAAUCUGGAGAAGUACUUUCCGCGAAGUAACGAGUUCCUUCCGGAACGAUGGUUGCGCGACGACGGUGUCCGUCACGCGUUCGCCUCACUUCCUUUCGGUUACGGCAGACGAAUGUGCUUGGGACGGCGAUUUGCCGAGCUCGAAAUAAUUAUCGUCAUUAGCAAGAUUCUUCAGUUUUAUAAAAUAGAAUAUCACCAUGAAAAGUUGGAGUAUUACAUUAAUCCAAUGUACACGCCGAAAGGACCGUUGAAGCUGAGAUUUAUCGAGAGAUAAUA